AUGCUCGGGACUAUCGGUAUAGAAGAUGAAUUGAAGUUGACAAGUCACAUUGUUGAGAAGGAUGUAAAUAACAGAUGCGCCUGGUUUCAUAGAAAGUGGCUAAUUAAGGAAUUUGGAGGAACGGAUGAUGAGCUUGAGUUUUGUAACGUUAUCCUGCAAAAAGACGUAUGCUGUGCCCUGGCUUGGCAUCAGAGAGCCUUUCUUGUUUUGGAGUACGCUGAAAAUCUUUCUGACGAGAUGCGGGAGGCAGAGGUAAAAUAUGCCACAAGAGCCAUUUCUCGGGACCCCGAGAAUGAGUUUGCUUGGAAGUAUUUAGUGCUGUUGUGCGUACCAUGCGUCUGUUAUGACUCCAUGAUAGAUGAAUUUUUUUUCUCUCUUUUAUCGCCAAUCAUGAAUGUGAUUAAUCGGGGCAUCAAGGAUAAAAACAGUCUUUUUGUCAAUGUUCUUGGCACACUUCUAGAACUUUUAUGCGGCGGUUAUCGACCAAGCCAUUACAUCCGUGAUAUGAUAACUAAGCUAUGCUUGAAAGCUCCGGGAAUGAUGACGUCAUCAGGUUUAAAGGGUCGAGUCUUCAAGGACGAGCAUGCGGCACGAGGUGACACGGCCAAGCGGGUCGAACAGGAAGGUCGGGUGGUCGACACACGCGAGCUCGAACGGGCCUAUCACGUGAUCGACACUUGCUAG